CAGCCACGCUGCCUCCUCCGCGGGGACGCAGUGGGUGAGAGUCGGAGCAGAGCAGGCUGCGGUCAGUGCGCAUCCCAGGACGCGGCGUCAGUGUAGUUGGGGCUCAACUUUUCAACUCGUCGCUUUCCACUUCGUUCCCGUUCGGAAACUUUAACAAUGGGUUGCUUUGAGUGCUGCAUCAAAUGUUUAGGCGGAGUGCCGUAUGCGUCGCUGGUUGCUACGAUCCUCUGCUUCUCUGGCGUGGCCCUGUUCUGUGGAUGUGGCCAUGUGGCUCUCACCGGCACGGUGAACAUCCUGGAAGCCCACUUCUCCAAGGUCACAACCGAUCACGCCAUGCUCACUGACGUAAUACAGCUGAUGCAGUACGUCAUCUAUGGCAUCGCCUCGUUUUUCUUCCUGUAUGGAAUCAUCCUGCUCGCCGAGGGAUUCUACACGACCAGCGCCGUCAAGGAGCUGCACAGCGAGUUCAAGACCACCAUCUGUGGACGCUGCAUCAGUGGAAUGUUUGUGUUCCUCACGUACAUCCUGGGCAUCGCCUGGCUCGGUGUGUUCGGCUUCUCGGCUGUUCCCGUCUUCCUCUUCUACAACAUGUGGUCUACCUGCAACACCAUGAAGUCCCCUAUGGCCAACACUACAGCCAUAGACUCCUUUUGUGUGGAUGUUCGUCAGUAUGGAAUUAUUCCAUGGAACGCCACACCAGGAAAAGUUUGCGGAAACACUCUUGGUAUCGUGUGCGAUAGCAAUGAGUUCUAUCUAUCGUACCACCUGUACAUCGUGGCGUGCGCUGGUGCUGGAGCCACUGUGAUCGCUUUGAUCCACUACCUUAUGAUUCUCUCAGCAAACUGGGCCUACCUUAAGGAUGCCAGUCAAAUGCAUGCCUACCAAGACAUCAAAAUGAAGGAGGAGCGGGAGCUGCAGGACAUCACCUCGCGCUCCAAGGAAUGCCUCAAUUCCUACACAUAAAGACGCAACACGCUUAGAGAGGAAAAAAACAACAACAACAACAACAACCAUGCAGAUACGCUCACCAACACUGUGGCCAACCACUACAAGGCCCCCUUUUUUGGACCAACACUCAGCUAGUAUCACCUGCCAACUCUGUGCAGUACUAACCCGGCUCCUAACAAACUAAUGCAUAACAGCUGCUUUCUGCACUAACUCACCAAGAAGUGUUUCAGGACUGCUGUAUUAAGUUUUUUUUUUGUUGUUUUUUUUUCAAUUUUCAACAUUGAUAUAUAUUUUUUUCUAGCCCUUUCUUUAACCAGUCUCCGCUGGUGAAUGUUAAGUUGUUGCACUAUUCUCACGCAGCGAAUAACAAGUUUGUUUAACUGUCUUGUUUCACUCUCCUUCUUUUGUCCCUUUAGUGGCAAAGUUUCAGCUUGAGGAGAUUUUUUUUCUCUUUUUCAAUAAAAAAACAAAACAAAAUGCUAAUGACUUGUGCACGAUAAGGAAGGCCUUAUGUCCGAUCUCAGUCAGUGUUUUAAAACUCUAGUUGCUCAGAAGUUGCAGAAACUGUAGGCAUGUAUAGCAUGAAACGGAGCCAGUUAUAUGACAUUUGUACAUGCAGAGUCCGCUCAACUAAUAAUGUACAAAUUUUACUGCAUAACCACCUUAGUUGCCAAUCGGCGUGAAUUAGUUUUCAGUUCUAUUAUGACGUCCAGAGCAACAGUCGCCUACUUUAACACACUACCUCAGGUGUGCACUAGAACUUAAUAGACAGCGUAGUUGUUUGAAAAUGUCAUUUUGAUCAGAAAUGGGAUGCAUUUGGAGCAACAUAAACCAUUCACUCAGCGUGAUUAGGUCUUUGCAGUAUUUCUUAAUAAACUGUUAGAAUCGUUUCUUAUACUUGAUACAUGAAUGGUGCAAAGUAUAAUCUGAACACAUGUAAUGUGUACAAACUCUGGUUCAUUUGCAUUCAGGCGAUUUAAAGGCGCAAGGCUAAGGCUUCAGAUAUCCUAAUAAAUAGCAGUUCUGUAUUGUAUAUCACUUUGUUUAAGCUCCUAUAACAUGAAUAAAACGGCCCCACUCGCGUUGCAUUUGAAAGCGGCCGGUGUCUGUUUUGAGCUGUGUAAAUACGCUACGAUUUUCAUUCUCAUUUUAAAAAUUGAAACCUCUUUUUCACGAUUUUCUAAAAUUGCAUUCCUUUUAAAUGUGCAAUUGUUAUAUUGUUUAUAUAAUUACUCGUGUAAUCUUUUUUUUGUUUUGUUUUUGGCUUUUAGUGAAGUUACAGGGAUAAGUUGUUUUGUUACAUGAAAACCGUUGUUUUUGCAGAGACGUGUUUUGUACAGUUAGGUAUACUGACACCAGUGGUAGGCAGUGUUUGCCCCUUUUUAAAAUCAAUGUUACUUCCUGUUAAAUGGCUAAUUAGUUCUCAAUAUUUUUAGGCUCUUGUCUUUUUCAAGUUUUUUGCAUGAUAGUGCAGAAGUUUUCUACAAAUGCCAAGGGCUUCCUGAAGGUUUCCUAAAAAAAUAAAAAAAUUCUGAUUUAAAUUUUUUUUUUUCUAAAUAGUAAAUGUAGCCAAAGUGUUGAAGCCAAUGCUGUCCAAUGUACAAAACAGUAUCCCGUUAUAUUAAAGUAAAUCUUUGUUUCAAUGAAAACGAGACAGAUGUACAUUGGCAAAGCAGAGAAAUGUGUGACGUACAAUGAGUCGCAAAAGUAUUUGACUUGAACUUUUCCACGUCUUGUGACAUAAAAAAAACACAAACUUCAGUGUACUUUAUUUGCAUGCAGUGUGAUUAGACCAGCAUGUAAUUCUAAAGAGGAAGAAUUAAUUAUCUGGGCUUUAAUUGGGUCACCUUAAAUAUGCACUAUAAACGCUUCCCUGUCGCCCGCUGAAAAAAAGUCCUCCAACAAGAUGCUGCCACUCCCAGGUUUUUUCAUUCGUACGGUGUGUUCAAAGAGAUGUGCAAUAUUAGUUUUCUUUCUUUUUUUUUUUUUUUGCAACAUACAGCAUUUUGUAAGUAGACCAAAGUUCAAUUUUUGGACUCAUUUGACCAGAGUACAGUGUUCUCCUGUGUCCGCUACGUGGCUUUCUUUCAACAAUGACUUACUUCUGGCCACUUUUCCCUAAAAAGGCCAGAUUUGUAGAGGGCACAACUAAGUUUUCCUUUCAACUGAUUCUCCCAACGGAGCUCUGCAGCUCCUCCAGAGUUAGCAAGGACCUCCUAUCUGCUUUUCUGGACAAUGCUCUCCAAACCCAGCCUUUCAGUCAAGAUGGAGGGCCAUGUUUUGAUUAAAUUACACACAUAUGGACUCUAUUUUCAAAACACUGACUUCUUAAGGCAGUUGGUUGCGCUGGACUUUAUUUUGGUCGUCCUAUAAAGCAGGAUGAAUACUAAUGCAGGGCAGAUUAU